GGCGGGCGGUGCCCGGACGCAGGUGCCGGCUGGAGCUGAGCGAGAAGCGCUGACGGGCCGGGCCGGGCCGGGACCCAGGCCAGGGUGAACCGAGGGGCCUGUGCGGCCGCCCGGCCCGGCCGCGGAUCAGGCUCCUGGGACCAUGGGCCUCGGGCCCUGAGGACACAGGCUCCCUGUGGCCAUGACGACAGGCGACUGCUGCCACCUCCCGGGCUCCCUGUGUGACUGCUCUGGAAGCCCCGCCUUCUCCAAGGUGGUGGAGGCCACUGGCCUUGGGCCACCCCAGUAUGUGGCACAGGUGACUUCAAGGGAUGGCCAGCUCCUUUCAGCCGUCAUCCGGGCCUUGGACACGCCCAGUGACUGUCCCUUCUGCCGGAUCUGCCAUGAGGGAGCCAAUGGAGAGAGCUUGCUGUCCCCUUGUGGCUGCACUGGCACGCUGGGAGCCGUGCACAAGAGCUGCCUGGAGAAGUGGCUUUCCUCAUCCAACACCAGCUACUGUGAGCUGUGCCACACGGAGUUUGCUGUGGAAAAGCGGCCUCGGCCUCUCACAGAGGUCUCUUUCCGCUACCAUUGCCAGCUGUAUUCCGAGUGGAGGAGAACUAACCAGAAAGUUCGGCUAAAGAUCCGGGACACAGAUGGCUCUGAGAACUCACGCCAAUCACCACUGGCUGCUGGACUCCUUAAAAAGAUGGCGGAGGAGACCCCUGUGUGAAAGCCAGGCUGCCAGGACCCUGCAGUGUGUACAGGGGCCAGAGUGACCUGGCAAUGCCCUGGCGUUUGGAAGGCCGGAAACUGCCCGAUCCUUCUUGCACGGCCAGAAUGCUUCUCAGGCUGAAAACCACGCCAAUUGGAGAUCCUGUGUGAAUAUAGUUUGGGUUUUUUCUUUCUUUGCACACUAGUACAUGACAAAGACAGACGGACGUGGUCCUGAGCUUGGAUGGAGCAGGCACUCUGAUCUCUCAUGUGUGCUUGGCGCCUCUUGGGCCAGCAACUGUGGCCAGUUGUGUCAAGGGUGUCCAUUGGGCUGGAAGGUUCCAGCAAGCUUCUUGCGCUUUUCUGCACCUUGGCAGGCUUGCUUUCCUGGCACCCUUGACUUUAUAAAGUUGCAUUGCGUUUCCAAAACCCACCCCUGAAUGAAUAAAAGGAGCUCUUGCUGGACAAAAUGGAUUUGUCAGGUACAUUUCUAAACUUCUCAAAGGGAAGGACUAUCUGAGGGAAAAUAAAACAUCCUUGGCUUGUUUUGAGGGAUCCCUUAUUAAGCCCCCCCAGGAAGAAGCAAGCUGAGUUUUAAAGUGAGGAGCAGGUAGCAGGGUUUUAUAAUAAAUGCUUAAGAUGAGCUUGGCAUUGCACCCUUGUAAUAUCA